ACUGUUGCAAAAAAGUAGGCGGUGGCGCUUCCCUUACUGACCAACUUGGCGGAAGUGCACCCGGGCGACAGGAAUAGUUUGGUGAACUUUUUGCGCUGGUGGUAUUCCUGGUCCAGAUAUGGCCCCCAGAACGCAGUUAAAGGAGGCGAUAGCCGAUGUACAGGAGGGGAUCCGUGCUAUACUGCUCGGACCACCCGGAGCCGGGAAGGGGACUCAGGCCCCUGUGCUAGCAGAGCGGUAUUGUGUUUGCCACCUGGCCACUGGAGACAUGCUGAGGGCCAUGGUGGCUUCAGGCUCCAAGCUCGGCAAGAAGCUCAAGGAGACCAUGGAUGCUGGCAAACUGGUCAGUGACGAGAUGGUUGUGGAGCUCAUCGAGAUGUCUGUAGAGCCAGCCUGCAGUAAUGGAGUCCUGCUGGACGGGUGCCCGCUAACAGUCAAACAAGCAGAGAUACUCGACAACUUGUUGGAAAAGAGACACGAGAAGCUGGACUCUGUGAUCGAGUUCGCUGUCGACGACUCUCUGUUGGUACGCAGGAUCUGUGGCAGACUAAUCCACCAACCAAGUGGCCGCUCCUACCAUGAGGAGUAUAACCCCCCCAAAACGCCCAUGAAGGAUGACGUAAGUAGACUCGCUAUCAGCCACCGCAGUGAUGACAACGAGAAGACACUGCUCUCCCGCCUGGAUGCCUACCACCGGCAGACUGUCCCUCUGGUGCAGUACUACAGCGCCAGGGGUCUGCACACGGCCGUCGAUGCCUCUCGGAGCCCAGAUGUCGUCUUCGCCUCCAUCGUAGCUGCUUUCACCGCUGCCACAGAAAUCCCCGCCCGAGCCACCGCCUCUGGUUGAACCCCGAGCUGCUCCAUUCCCACCCAGGCGAAGGAUUGGAGCUGGCAAGAGAGCUGUGAAAACCUGGAGGUCGGCUGGUUGGUCUCCAACUUGUAGUGAAGCUGCUGAGUGGUGUGUGUACACACUGCAUGGACAGUUUCAGACACAGCAGCCCCAAAACAAACCAGUUAUGUGGCUGAGUUUGUAGGGCACACAGAGGCAUCAAGACGCGCGUCAGAGAAGCUCAGGGCAAUGUAAAAACACAAAUGGCAUUUAAAAA